CGAACGCUGCCAGUGUUGAGAAGAUAAUAUUCGUGAAAUAUAAAUACAUUAGUGUAUCAGAUUCAUAAUGAGCAAAGCCGAGUGGGAAAACAAUGAGGAAAUUAAAAUAUUUCGAGAAUAUCUACGCAUUCCAACAAUGCACCCAAAUGUGGAUUACACCGCCUGUGUAGAAUUCUUAAAGCGUCAGGCAGCCAGCCUGGCUCUGCCCGUGGAUGUGCUUUAUCCAGUUAACGAAUCCAAUCCCGUUGUGGUUAUGAAAUGGGAGGGAAAGCAGCCGGAACUGCCUUCCAUCAUUCUCAAUUCGCACACGGAUGUGGUUCCCGUUUUCGAGGAUAAGUGGACACAUGGACCAUUCAGCGCCGAUCUGGAUGAUGAGGGACGCAUUUACGCUCGUGGCUCCCAGGACAUGAAGUGCGUUGGAACUCAGUAUCUGGCGGCAGUUCGUGCUCUCAAAGCGAAUGGUUUCCAGCCAAAGCGUACAGUGUACCUCACUUUUGUGCCAGAUGAAGAGGUUGGUGGUCAUCUGGGCAUGCGCGAGUUGGUUAAAGGAGAUUACUUCAAGAAACUAAAUGUGGGAUUCAGCUUUGACGAGGGCAUUGCCAGUGAGGAUGAAACCUACUCUUUGUUCUAUGCCGAGCGCACGUUGUGGCAUCUCAAAUUAAAGUUCGGAGGCACUGCUGGCCAUGGUUCUCUGCUUCUGCCCAACACAGCUGGCGAGAAACUCAACUAUGUUGUGAAUAAAAUGAUGGAGUUCCGCGCAUCGCAAGUGAAACGCCUUGAGGAAGACCCCACUAUUGAUAUUGGAGACGUGACCACAGUAAAUCUUACACAAGCUGGUGGCGGUGUACAGAACAAUGUGGUGCCGCCAUUGCUGGAAGUGGUGUUUGAUAUUCGUGUUGCCAUUACUUUGGAUUUGGCUGAAUUCGAGAAGCAAAUUCGCGAUUGGUGCGAUGAGGCUGGUGGCGACAUUGAGUUGAAGUUUGAGAUGAAAAAUCCCUAUGUUGAGCCGACCAAAAUAGAUGCUUCGAAUCCAUAUUGGUUGGCCUUUAAGCAGACCUUAGACGAACUCGGUCUGAAGACCCGAGUUCGAGUUUUCCCAGGUGCUACUGACAGUCGCUAUGUCCGCCAUGCGGGAAUUCCCGCCUUGGGAUUCUCACCAAUCAACAAUACUACAAUACUUUUGCAUGAUCAUGAUGAGUAUUUGCGUGCAAGUACCUAUCUGCAUGGCAUUGAGAUCUACAAGAAACUCAUAGCUGCUGUUAGCAAUGUCUAAACUCCAAGGAGAGAAUGAGGUGGUAGCCGCAAUUAUAGCAUUUGAUUACUUAUAUUAAUAAAGGCUGUGUCUUUCUACAA